CUCUUCAUGUUAUCGCGAUGACGUCGAUUACAUAACCAUCGGAUGGUUGCGCGCUCCAGCUUCCAAUUUCUGUGCCUAGAUAAGCGCUAACGCCGUCGAAGAGCGAUAUCUUUUCGCCAACGAGUGUAAUACGUUUCGGUUGGGCGAACGGACGUUCGGUCGAGCGCAAGGACAUAUUGGAAGACAGAAAGAUCGACAGCUGGCAGCUAACCUCUACAACAGUACACGGUGUGGGCAGUGAAAGUGUAGUAAAUUAAUGCCAGUAAUUGCGAAUGGGAUAUAAUUUAGGAUCUCGAAAAAGCAAUAAAAAAAAUACAAGUCAUUCUUGCGCAUUGCUUCAGUGUAGAGUUAAUUUAUUUUAUUAAGCUUUAUUAUCCCGUCGGCUGUUGAACUUAAUUUAAUUAAAUUAAAAAUAAUUCAAGUUAAGCGUGUUGAGUGUGCCGCUGUGAUCUGAACGUGUGGAGUGGCGUUGAAAAUGUCGAAAAAUAAAAAUUUAACUGUGGAAGCUCUCGAAGAGCUCAAGCCGAUUAAAAACGGUGAAUUUCAAGACACAAAAGUUGUGAUUGACACAGUGAAAUACGAGCAACCGCCAGAGAAAAAUUGGAUUCUACGGCGCUUAUACUUUUUGAAUUGGCUAAAGGCCUAUGAUCGUGAAACUGCUAUAGCGGAUUUGAUUGCCGGCGUCACAUUGGGUCUGACGAUCAUACCACAAAGUAUCGCAUAUGCUGCACUCGCCGGACUCUCUUCGGAAUAUGGCUUGUACUCGGCUAUUGUCGGCAAAGUGUUUUAUGCACUAUUCGGCACAAUUCCACAAGUUUCCAUUGGACCCACAAGUUUAAUGUCACUCAUGGUACUGCAAUUUGUUGGAGAACGACCGGUGGAAUUUGUUUUUAUUCUUUCAUUUAUGGCCGGUCUUGUGGAGCUCUUAAUGGGUGUAUUCCAGCUGGGUUUCAUCGUCAACUUUAUACCAACGCCGGUAACGAAAGCUUUUACCAGCGCCACCGCUUUCAUUGUGGCUGCAGUACAAUUCAAAAGUCUUUUGGGUCUAAAGGGAAAAGGUCUACCAUCGAUUGGUGAGGUCUUUAAAAAGAUACAUUACUCUGAUACAAUACUCGGCUGUAUUUGCUUGGUUACGUUGCUCGCUCUGAGAAAAUUGUCGCAUAUAAAUUUCAAAGAGAGCACACCAACUACACGCAAAUUGCAGAAGUUCUUCUGGUAUAUAAGCAUCUCUCGCAAUGCUUUGGUUGUAUUCAUUUGUAGCGCAGUAACAUUUAUUUGGGUGCAAAAACGCUCUGUCGAGGCAAUUCCUUACACUCUCACGACUAAAGUCACUUCCGCACAUUUGACCUUUAGUUUGCCGCCAUUCGUGCUUGAUUACAAAAAUACCACACUCGUAUUUACCGAUAUCAUACACGAGCUGGGCAGCGGUAUUUUGGUGGUGCCGAUUGUGGCAAUUUUAGCAAAUGUCGCUAUCGCGAAAGCUUUCGUCAAGGACAAUCGCUUGGAUGCUUCUCAGGAAAUGCUUACGUUGGGUAUUUGUAAUCUGAGUGGCGCAUUCUUCAAUUGUAUGCCAACUUGUGGUGCUUUCACACGUUCCGCUGUCAGUCAGGCGAGUGGUGUACGCACUCCACUCAGCGGCAUAUAUACAGCCUUGUUGGUUUACUUGGCGCUCAAUGUGCUGACACCUUACUUCGGUUUUAUACCGAAACCAGCGAUCGCAGCAAUGCUUAUUGCAGCAGUGGUGUUUAUGAUCGACUUCUCUCCAAUUAGAGAACUUUGGCACACAAAUAAGAAGGAUUUCAUCAGCUGGGUAGGCUGCUUUAUUGUUUGCAUUGGUGCUGGUGUAGAAGUGGGUCUGUUCUUUGGAAUUGUGAUGAAUAUGGUAUUCGUACUUUUACGAUUAGGCAAUCCCAAAGUGGAGGUGACUUUGAAAGAGUGUGAAAAUCGUAAUUACAUAUUCGUGAGCCCUUUAUCCGAUAUUUACUAUUCGGGCAUCGAGUAUAUACGGGACAAAAUCAACGAUGCCUGUUUGUUGUAUCGAGAUGACUUUCCAGUCGUUUUGGAUUGUCGCCGCUUCAUGCAAUUCGAUGCAACAUUUGUGGAUGUUGUUAGCGCCGUGGCAAAGGAAUUGCACGAACGCGGUGUUUUGUUGGUACUCUACGGUCUUCGUGAGGAUUUGCAAAAGUUAAUGCAUAAAUCCAAAAAUAUUAAUUUCUGUGAGAAUGAACGUAUUUGUUCCGCCGAUUUAUCGCCAAAGAAACCAGUGAAUAUAAAAACGAAUUGAAUGUGGAAUGUCUGAAAUGAGGGUGGAAAAAACAUUAGUUUUACUGAAGAAAGGUACUUAAUGAAGUAUUUGAAAUAAAAGGAUGGACAUAAAGUAAAUAAAUAAGUUCCUCACUAGUCAUAAGCCUCGUUAUAGCCAUUUAUAGAUAAUUGUUAUUUAGUUAAAAAAAAUGUAUGUAUUUAUAAAACUAUUCGUUAUCUUGAAUGAAAUGUUAAAUGAAAUAAAAAAACGAGACACAAAUAAAUUUAUAAAUAUUAAAAUCACGAUC